AUGGGGAGCCCAGAGAUAAUACAACAAUAUUUCGGCCAUGAAUCCAAAACCACGCUCGAUCCCAACGCAAGUGUUCAAAGCGUCGAUGACGUGAAGCAUCCCGCUCAAGAAAGCACCCUUCAACUUUUUGAAAAUGAAGAGCCCAUAGACGCGCAACAGUGGCAGCCUGGUGUCCGAGACUGGCUUGUUUUUAUCUGCAUCGUCAUACUAGCGAUGAUGGAUGCGUUUGAUGCCACUGUGUUGAUCCCAAUGCUACCGGACUUAGCAAACACAUUCGAUGAACCGCUCGUCAGCGUCCUCUGGAUCAACACGGCUUAUCUGGUCCUCAAUGCUGCCAGUCAACUAUACUUCACAAUGAUGUGCAGUGUUUUCAGCCAUGGCGCAGUGUGGACUAUCGCCGUCGUACUAACAACUAUCGGUACCGGGAUUUGCAGUGGAUCGAUGAGUCUAGUGGAAUUAGUCGUCGGCCGUCUGAUACAAGGAAUUGGUGGGGGCGGGGCGAUGAGCCUCUGCUUCGUGGUUAUGACUGAGUCAACUCCCGAACACAUUCAGUCACGAUAUUCCUGUUACAUCCUCCUCACUCGAAUCAUCGGUACCAUGGUCGGCCCAGUCGUCGGAGGCAUCUUCAUCGAUUAUGCACAAUGGACAUGGGCUUUUUACUUCAACUUUAUAUUCUGCGCGCUCGGAAUGCUUGUGAUACCCUUUGCCGUUGACUUGCGAGUCUCGAAGAAUAUCCCGCUUCGAAAAUUGCGUAUUUUGGAUUGGUCUGGGGCUACAAUGGCCUUCAUGGGAUUGGGAGGUAUUCUUGUGGGCCUCAGCUGGGGAGGUAUCUCUUACCGUUGGAACGAAUGGCAGACUUUGGUGCCCAUCGCUGUUGCGGCAGUGGUUCUUAUCGCUCUGCUAUUCUACGAGUCAACUUGGGCCCUGCACCCACAAUUUGGAUCUCGGGUAUUUGGAAGCCUAGGGGUUGCUAUGACCUAUGUGGGAUGUUUCUGCCACGGCUUCGUGAUAUUCUGCCAGCUUCAGUUCUUCACGAUGUUCUUCAUCUCAACAAAGUACCUAUCAACAUCUCUUUCCGGUAUAACCCUGCUCGCUAUCACUGGUCUCUCUAUCGCACCCGCCGCGGUUGUUGGGGUUGUUCUGGCGAGGGAAUCCAAAUGCGCCAAGUGGAUAAUUUCCGGGGGUUGGGUUCUCACAAUCCUUGCCUCCGGAUGCUCAAUCCUGAUGGAUGGUGCAACGCCGACGAUUGGCUGGGUCUUCCUCUUUUUCUCAAUGGGUUUGGGUCACGGCCUGCUUCUCUCAAGCUACAACAUCCGGAUUCAAAGCCUUCCAAAGGAAGAUGGGACUGCGCUAUCUACAAUGCCAAUCAUUAUAUCAAAUUACAUGCGGACUUGGGGCAUGGCAGUGGCGAUACCUAUUGGAGGCGUGGUGUUCCUGAACUUGUUCGGUCGCGAACUCCACCUGGCAGGCCUAGACCGCGAGCUGAUCAACACGGCCAAGGGUUAUAUUAUCUUGAUGGAUCAAGUCAAAAUGUCUGAUGAAAACAGAGAAACCAUCAAGGCUGCUGCGGCAGUGGCGUUGCAGGGGACCUGGGAAGUUAUAACAGGCGUUGCUGCAGUUGGUGGAAUAUCGUCUGCCUUCUCAUGGAGGCGGCGCUCUGCUUGA